UGGAAAGAAAGAAGCGGGUAAAAAACACACUCCUCCUCUUUUCCUCUCUCUCUCUUCUCUUCUUUCAUCUCUCUUAACAACUUAUUUAUAAACGCCAACAUAAAUGGACUUUGUCAAAGAUCUCGACAACCGAUUACUGUUUGCCGUACCCAAAAAGGGUCGUCUCUACGAACAAGUCUUACAACUGCUGAAAGGAUCCGACAUUCACUUUGCUCGUAAAUCGCGUCAAGACAUUGCCCUCUCAACAAACUUACCCGUUGCACUUAUUUUCCUGCCUGCCGCCGACAUUCCCAAGUAUGUUGCCGAGGGCAACGUCGACAUGGGUAUCACGGGCCAGGACAUGGUCGUCGAAAACGAGGUAGCCGACAAGGUCACUGAAGUGUUGGAACUGGACUUUGGCAGGUGUCGUUUGUGUGUUCAAACACCUGUCAAGGGCGAGUUUCAAACGUUGGAUGCGUUGGUCGGUAAACGGAUCGUCACCAGUUUUGAUGCCUAUGCUCGCAAGGUCUUUGAACCUUUGGAUAAAGCCGCUGGCAAGCAAACGCACAUUACGUAUGUCUCGGGCUCGGUCGAGGCCGCUUGUGCCUUGGGCCUUGCUGAUGGUAUCAUCGAUUUGGUCGAAUCGGGUGAAACGAUGCGUGCAGCUGGUCUCCAUGACGUCCACACACUCAUGACAACUCAAUCGGUCUUGAUUGCCAACCACAAAUCUCAGCACACCUCCCUUAUCGAAAAAAUCACCUCCCGCAUUCGUGGCGUCAUCGCUGCUCGUAAAUACGUCUUGUGCUCUUACAACAUCAAACGCGAAAAUAUCCAGAAAGGCACCUCCAUCACUCCCGGUCGUCAAGGCGCUACAGUCUCAUCACUGGAAUCGCACGAAGGUUGGGUUGCUGUCUCGGCUAUGAUCGAGGCAAAAGAAAAGGGCGAGAUUAUGGACAAGUUGACUGAAGUCGGCGCCACUGAUAUCCUGGUCACGGCUUUCACUAGCUGCCGUGUCUAAUGUACAUUUUUCUUCUUUUUUGUCUUUUUUGGAAACUGUAAUAAAACGUUUUCUUUUUUUUGUUUC